AUGAGUGAACAGACCCAAACUCCAUCCCAACCCCAACCUCAACCUCAACCUCAACCUCAACCUCUACCUCUACCUCAACCUCUACCCAUUUCUGAUUCCACCCUUGUAUCGAACUCUCCAGUUGAUCUUCCACCAAACCCCUCUAACCCUUCCAAAAUCCCAAUUCGACCACAGAAAAUCCGAAAACUCUCUUCCACCCCAUCCUCCAAUGGGAAAACCCCGGAAACCACCGUACCAGCAUCAUCCACUGCAACCAGCGGAGCGAUUACCGUAACGAAGAAUCGUCGGAAGAGUGCACCGAAAUCAUCAAGGGUUUUGCCCCAAAUCAUCAAACCCUUAUCAGCUGAUGGAGAGAUUGACAAUGCACUGCAGCAUCUACGUUCUGUGGACCCUCUUCUUGUUUCCUUAAUAGAUACACUUCCUUCCCCACAAUUUGAGUUGCACCAUUCUGCGUUUUUAGCCCUUAGCAAGAGCAUUCUUUAUCAGCAACUAGCUUAUAAAGCAGGCACCUCAAUCUACACUCGCUUUGUGUCACUUUGUGGAGGAGAGGACGCUGUUUGCCCCGAUAUUGUCCUCGACCUUUCUCCUCAACAGCUCAAGCAAGUAGGAAUCUCAGGGCGGAAGGCUAGUUAUCUCCAUGACUUGGCAAACAAGUAUAGAAGUGGGAUUUUGUCUGAUGAAACUCUUGUAAAGAUGGAUGAUAGGUCAUUGUUUACCAUGCUUUCAAUGGUGAAGGGUAUUGGUUCUUGGUCAGUGCACAUGUUCAUGAUCUUUUCACUUCAUAGACCAGAUGUUUUGCCUGUUAGUGACUUGGGGGUCAGGAAAGGUGUGCAAUUGCUGUAUGGGCUGGAGGAACUGCCAAGACCGUCGCAGAUGGAGCAAUUAUGUGACAAAUGGAAGCCAUAUAGAUCUGCAGGGGCAUGGUAUAUGUGGCGGUUAGUGGAAGGGAAAGGGACUCCAACUACUGCAGCAGCACCAAUUGAUGGUGGUAAUGUGCAGGCAUUGCAGCAAAUUCAGACAGAACAGGAGACACAGCAACAUCAGCUGCAGCUUCUCGAGCCAAUUAAUGGCAUCGAAAAUCUAGGGGCUUGCAUUUGGAGCCAAUGAUUGCAGUGUUGAGAUAUUGAUUGAACAAUUUCGUAG